AUGAGACUCUCGACUGUCCUCAUCCCAUUCCUGUCCGCGACGACUCAAGUCUCCGCCCACGGGUACGUCUCCAACAUCGUCAUCAACGGCCUCUCGUACCGCGGCUGGUGGCCCGGCCAAGACCCCUACACCUCCACGCCCCCCAUCGGCGUCGGCUGGAAAACACCCAACCUGAGCAACGGCUUCGUGACGCCCGAGGAAGCCUCCACCGACGCAAUUAUCUGCCACAAGGAGGCGACGCCGGCGGAUGGCCAUGCGACCGUUGCUGCUGGCGAUAAGAUCUAUAUCCAGUGGCAGCCUGUGCCGUGGCCGGAGAGUCACCAUGGACCCGUCCUCGACUACCUAGCCCCCUGCAACGGCCCCUGCCAGGACGUCGACAAGACCAGUCUCGAGUUCUUCAAGAUCUCCGGACCGGGCCUGAUCGACGGGUCCUCGCCGCCAGGCUACUGGGCGGACGACGAGCUGAUCGCGAACGGAAACGGGUGGCUUGUGCAGAUUCCAUCGAGUAUCAAACCAGGCCACUAUGUGCUCCGCCAUGAGAUCAUCGCGCUGCACGGCGCCGGCGGCGUCAACGGCGCGCAGCUCUACCCGCAGUGCUUUAAUAUCCUUGUUACGGGGUCUGGGAGUGCGGAGCCUGCUGGGACCCCCGCGACGGAGUUUUAUACGCCCACUGAUCCGGGGAUCUUGAUUAAUAUCUAUCAGGUCCUUUCGAGUUAUGUUGUCCCGGGUCCGGCGCUUAUCCCGCAGGCGACGGAGAUUGUGCAGGCUUCGAGUGCGAUUACGGCCAGUGGGACGCCGACGCCGGCGUAG